AUGGCAUCCUCCGACAAGACCGUUUAUCUCGUCACCGGCGGCUCCCGUGGCAUCGGCCUCGGCGUGACCUCGCUUCUCGCCCAGCGCGACAACGCCCUCGUCUUCGCGACCGCCCGCAACCCCGACUCCGCGAAAGAGCUUCAAGCUCUCGCUUCAACACACACCAACGUCAUCCCUGUCGCACUGGAAGUGACGUCGGAUGAGAGUGUCACGGCGCUCGUCAAGGCCAUCGAGGGCAAGACAGGGAGGGUCGACGUGGUCCUUGCCAAUGCUGGGAUCGGCGAAGCCUUCGUCCCCGCCCUCGAGACGGCGGUUUCAGAAGUCCGCCGCCACGUCGAAGUCGACGCCAUUGCGCCCCUGCUCCUCUUCCAGCACGUCUACCCUCUCCUCAAGAAGUCGACUUCGCCCAAGUUCGUCGCGGUCUCUAGUCGCGGCGGGUCAAUCGGAUCGAUUCCGCACAUGCCCUUCCCUAACACGGCGUACGGCGCCGCCAAAGCCGCCUUGAACUACAUCGUCGCGAAGCUUCACGCCGAGCAUGGCGAGAAAGACGAUUUGACGAUCGUGUCCUACGAGCCGGGGAUGACCAUCACCGACAUGACGAAGCCGCUUCUCUCCGGCUGGGGCAUUCCGGAGUCUCACGGCCUCACGAUCGAGCAGAGCGCGCAGGGCGUCGUCAAGCUUCUUGACGAGGCGAAGCGCGAGACGCACGGCGGCAGGUUCUUCGACAAUGAGGGCAAGGAGGUGCCGUGGUAG